AUGAUCUCAGUCUCUCGCACUCGCCUUGAGGACGAUGGCGUUCUCGGACUUCAAGACUCCCAUGGAGUCCCUCGGGAAAUACCGCUCAAAGUCUCUGUACCCAGCUUCGACGACCACGAGUCAAGACCCAUCUUACCUCGGCGAGCUUUUGGAAGCGUCUCGACUUCAGACAGCGAUCCUUUCUCUGAAUUUCAACCCUGGACCGCUCUCUUCCAGUCAAAAAUCUGGUCCCCCUGCAAGGAAAGCCUGUCUGGCGAUAUUAUAUCCUCCUUGCAUAGACCCGCCGAUAUCGACGAGGGGGACGACUUGGAGCUUGAUACAAUGUCUGUUGGAACCGUCGAGAUUGUCACCCUUUCCCCGCCUUCUUGGCUCCCUUCAAUCCUCGAUCCCACCACCCUCGCCUUUCACUUCGAUCAUACAUGUUUGCAGGGGUUGGACGGAUGCCUGCUUCACUCCCCGCAAGUCGCCUUUGCUGACCUCUGCUGGGAAGCUGCCAUCACGCCCGGCACACCUCAAAAACCCAGCUUCCAAGCUGUCAAUGACGCUAAGCAGGCGUUUAGGCGGGAUGGCGCAUCUAUGGCAGCCAAUGAUUGCUCGCCUCCCUACCGAAAUUCAUCGAUAUCGGUCGAGACGACUGCUUCCGAGUCCCCCAUUCCCGUCUUUUUGGCACCAAGUUCGUGGUCGGACGGUACAGACGACGAGUCAGAUGAAGAAGAGGGGUACGAGGAUGACUGCUAUAGUACUGGCACAGUGACUGGCGCUCAUGGCGCUCAUGUUGGAAAAGGAUUCAAUACACUGGCCUGGGGCCCGUUCCUCAUAGUGUCUAUACCCCUAACGAACCAACUGCCUGGAACACCCUUGAUUCUUCACCCUUUUAUUUGCCGUUCCUCACCACCACCACCACCACCACCCCCGCCCCAAUCUGGUGCUCGACUAUCGUACGAGCAUCUCGGCGACUCUUGCCACCACCUUAUCCUGUAG